CGCUAUGUUGGCUUCAAAAGUAAGCAACUCGGUGGUGGACUCGCUCUCUGACUCACUCAUCUAUUUAUAUUGAAGUACGCUACGUUGGGUAGCACAUUGUUCCAGCAGCAUAUUCUCAAAUCUCUUUCUGGGUUUCUUGUUAUCUGUUCGACUCUGUCUCUGAAUCGCUUUGAUUCCUUUUUUUUCCCAGGCUCUCUCAAGAUGUUCGGUUCCACUACUCGACCGUCAGGUUUUGGUGGAACUUCAACUGGUGUAUUUGGAGCAAAUUCUUCACCUUUAGGGUCCAUGUCAGCAUUUGGUGCCACUUCGUCUCCUGCUUUUGGAAGUUCAACUGCUGCUUUGGGAGCUCUUCUGGCCCCUGCUUUUGGCAGUUCUCUAUCGUCUUUUGGUGGAUCUUCUUUAUUUGGACAGAAGCCUGCUUUUGGAGGAUUUGCAUCAAGGCCUAAUCAAUCUGACUCAUCUGGGAGUGUGUUUCAACAAACUCAAACUACUUUUGGAAGCAAUCCAUUUGGUUCAUCUACUCCCUUUGAUGCAUCAACCCAAAAUGCAUUUGGUGCUGGUAGUCCCCCAGCCUUUGGUGCAGCUAGCACAUCAACUUUUGCUGUUGCAAGCACUCCGACAUUUGGCUCCUCGUCAACCUCAAUCUUUGGCAGCACAGGCACAGCUUUUGCUGUGUCCAGUGCACCAGCUUUUGGAUUUGGGACCAGGGCUGCAUUUGGUGCUUCAAACACAUCGGGAACAUUGAACACAUCCAUUUUGGGGGCAUCAAACACCUCUGCAUUUGGAGCAUCAAGCAGUCCUGCCUUUGGUACAUCAAGUACCACAGGAUUUGGCUUUGGUACCACUCCAACAUAUGGGCAGUCAACUUCAGCAUCUGGCAGCAGCAGCAUAUUUGAAGCUACUCCAUCUCUUUUUGGGACUCAGAGUUCCUACUUUGGAGCCCAGACAACGAUGCCGACAUUUGGGACCACAAGCUUUGGACCUUCAGCUUUUGGUGGUCAACGUGGAGGAAGUAGAGUAGCCGCUUACACUGCAACUGCUGAGGUAGAUGGUGGCAGUAGAACACAACCUGCUGUUAAACUGCAGUCCCUUUUAGCAAUGACUGUUUACAAAGAUAAAAGCCAUGAAGAACUGAGGUUGGAGGACUAUCAGUUGGGCGAUAAAGGGGGCCCGUGCCAUGUGCGUCAAUCUGCAGGUGGUUUUGGCGUUGGUGGUUCCACUACACAGUCAAACGCCUUUGGUCCUUCACCCACACUGACUCAGUCAUCUCCCAAUCCCUUCUCUUCCUCAGUCUCUUCUAAUCCACUUGCUCCCCAAACCUCUACUCCUAAUCCAUUUGUCCCCCAAACCUCUACUCCUAAUCCAUUUCCCACCCAAACCCCUUCUCCUAAUCCAUUUCCCACCCAAACCUCUACUCCUAAUCCAUUUGCCCUCCAAACCUCUACUCCUAAUCCAUUUCCCACCCAAACCCCUUCUCCUAUUCCAUUUGCCACCCAAACCUCUUCUCCUAUUCCAUUUCCCCCCCAAACAUUUUCAAAUCUGUUAACCCCCCAAACCUCUUCAAAUCUGUCAGCCCCCCAAACCUCUUCUCCUAAUCCAUAUGCCUCCCAAACCUCUUCUAAUCCAUUUUCCCCUCAAACCAUUUCAAAUGCAUUAGCCCUCCAAACCCCUUAUAAUUCAUUUGCCCCCAAAACACCAGCUCCUAGCUCUUCAGGCUCUGUAGCCUCAUCUGCUCUUGGAUUCAAUUCAUUACUCUUUAGGACAUCUUCAUUUGCAAACACUUUCAAGACAACAUCAUCCCCACCUUGCUCAAUUUUGACAGCAUCAGGCCCUGCAUCUGGGCUGAAUAGCUGUCCAUCUCUUUUUAGCUCAUCCAGCUCACCAGUACUUGGACCAUCACCCUCUAUCUUUAGUUCUACUUCAGCUCUGGGAACAGCUUCAGGAAUUGGCUCUGGCUUGAGUUCUGCUAACACACAAUCAUCCCCAGCAUUUUGGUCUUCCACUCAGAGCACUGUGGUAGGGCAGCCAGCGCCAGUCGUGAGUCCUUUUGGAGCUUUACCUGCAAUGCCUCAGUUGUCAAUUGCUCACCCUGGAUCCACACCCUCAAUUCGAUAUGGAAUUUCUAGCAUGCCUGUGUUUGACAAGCCUGCUGCUCCUGUCAGACUGUCAUCCUUGCUGACAUCUCGACACUUGUCUCAAAGACGGAUUAGGUUGCCAGCUCGGAAAUAUGAUCCUAAAAGUGAUGGCCCAAAGGUGCCAUUUUUCAGUAAUGAUGGAGAAAUGCCUACUGCACCCAAGGCUGGCACUUUAUUUGUUCCAAGGGAGAAUCCAAGGGCUUUGGUUAUUAAUCCCGCUGAACAAUGGCCCCAGAGGCCGAACAAUGAAAAAAUGUCUCCACUGCUGCGUGCAUCUUAUGUUCAUAUAUAUAAUAAUGGGAGCGUAUCUGAAAAUAGUGCUGACAAGGAGGGCACUAGUUCUAUCAAAUCCAAUCAUAAGCCCAACGAUCCGUGUAAUAUUACUUUCACUGAGAAAGAAGCCUUGCAUAUUAUUACAUCCACAGGGUGCAAAGCUGGUGAGGCUGCAAUUCUGCAAGAACAAGAGACCGAUGUUGAGGCAUUAAUGCCACGGCUGCAACACUCUGAGUACUAUACAGAACCACAAAUCCACGAGCUGGCAGUGAAGGAAAGGGCUGAGCCAGGGUUUUGCUGUCGUGUGAGGAACUUUGUGGUUGGACGCCAUGGCUAUGGAAACAUCAAGUUUCUCGGUGACACAGACGUGCGACAGCUUGAUCUAGAUUCCCACAUUCAUUUUGAUAAUUGCGAACUGACUGUCUACAUGGAUGAGAGCAAGAAACCUCCAGUGGGGCAAGGUCUUAAUAAGCCUGCCGAGGUCACUCUUCUUAACAUCAAAUGCAUUGACAAAAAGACAGGGAAACAGUACAUAAAUGGACCUAAGGUUGAUAAAUACAGAGAGAUGCUAAUGAAGAAGGCAAUAGAGCAAGGUGCUGAGUUUGUGUCUUACGACCCUGUAAAAUGGGAGUGGAAAUUCAGGGUGCAACACUUUUAGCCGAUACAAGUUUUGAAGUGACACGAAAGUGGACUAGUUUCGAGACCCAGUUUCUGUGAUUGUCGAUGCAAUGAGAAGUGACGGUUACAAGAUUCGCAAAGAAAGCUUUGCCAUUGUUUUGAGAAAUUGGCUGCGUGGUCCUUUUUUCUUUUUGGUUCAGACUCUACUUGUAAUUUGGGGUUCAUGGUGUAUUAUCUUUUCAUUCAAUUGUCUUCAUUUAAUUUGUUGUCUUGACUUUUACAAAUUAAGGAAUCAACAAAAGUAUUUUUUUUCCUCUCAAAA